GAUAGCUUGGCACCUAGCAAAUAUUCACCCUCCGCCAUGGAGAGGAAGAUGAGCGAUAGGAGUUGCAGCAUCUCCAAUGAACUCCGCCUGGAAGGGAGAUUCUGUGAUGUGAUCAUCAGUGUAGAUGGGGUGGAAUUCAAGGCUCACAAGCUCAUCCUCUCUUGCUGCAGUAUCUACUUCAGGACUCUGUUUACCAACUGGGACAGCGCAGGCAAGAUGGUCUAUCAAAUCCCUGGCAUUUCAGCUGAAAUGAUGGGUCUCAUCAUCAAUUACGCCUACACCGGGACAGUACCGAUCACAGAGGACAACGUGGAGAGUUUGCUGGCUGCAGCAGAUCAGUUCAAUGUCAUGGGCAUCGUCAGCCUGUGCUGUGAGUUCCUCAGUUCCAGGCUGUGCUUUGAGAAUUGCAUUGGCAUUUGCAGACUCACUGACUAUUACCACUGCCCCGACCUGCGCGCAGCUGCCUGCGUGUACAUCCUGCAUCACUUCGAGGAGGUGUCCCAGGUGUCCGAGGAGUUCCUAGACCUCUCUGCCGAGGAGCUGGCACACAUCAUUGAGAAGGAUGAGCUGAACGUGCGGCGAGAAGAAGCCGUGUUUGAGGCUGUGCUGAGGUGGAUCGCUCAUGACCCGCAGAACAGGAGGCAGCACAUCGCCUGCUUGCUCAGCAAGGUUCGACUGGCACUCCUACAAUCCGACUACUUCAUGAACAACGUCAAAGCUCACGAGUACGUGAAAGACAACGCCAACUGCAAAGAUCUCAUCAUCAGUGCCCUGUCCGAAAUCUACGACCUGAACUCCUACGGCCAGAGUUCCUCAGUCAACGCCAACCCCCUCACCCGGCCGCGCCUGCCCUACGCCAUCCUCUUUGCCAUCGGGGGCUGGAGCGGCGGCGGCGCCACCAGCGCCAUCGAGACGUACGACGGCCGCACCGACAAGUGGCUGAACAUCCCCUGGGAGCAGGAGAGCCCUGUUGCCUAUCAUGGCUCGGCUUAUUUGAAAGGCCACGUCUAUGUGAUCGGUGGAUUCGAUGGCACGGAUUAUUUCAACAUCGUCAAGCGCUUCGAUCCGCUGCAGAAGACGUGGCAGCAGGUAGCGCCCAUGCACUCACGGCGCUGCUACGUCAGCGUCACCGUUGUGGACAACUUCAUCUAUGCCAUGGGAGGGUUUGAUGGCUACAUGAGGCUCAACACAGCGGAGCGCUAUGACCCAGACACCAACCAGUGGACCCUGAUCACCCCCAUGCACGAGCAGAGGAGCGACGCCAGUGCAACCACGCUGAAUGGAAAGGUGUACAUCUGUGGUGGGUUUGAUGGUGAUCAGUGCCUCAGCUCAGCUGAAGUGUUCAACCCCACCACAAACCAGUGGUCCCUGAUCGCCCCAAUGAGCAGCAGGAGAAGUGGAGUUGGGGUGAUGGCGUAUGGGAACCAGGUGUACGCGGUCGGAGGGUUUGACGGGAACAGCCGGCUGCAGAGCGUGGAAGCGUACAACCCCAUCGCCAACGCCUGGCACGCCGUGCCCUCCAUGCUAAACCCACGCAGCAACUUUGGCAUUGAGGUGAUGGACGGCCUCUUGUUCGUGGUUGGGGGCUUCAAUGGGUUCAGCACCACCGUUGCCACCGAGUGCUACGAGGAGGACACCAACGAGUGGUACGAUGCCCACAGCAUGGGCAUCACCCGCAGCGCCGUCAGCUGCUGCGUGGUGCCAGGACUCUCCAAUGUCAUGGAAUACAUCGCCAGGCAACACUACUACCAGCACAGCUCCUCCAUGGACAUCUUGUUCACCAGCUCAACUCGGAGCUCGCCGUUGUAA